UUUCGGAGAUACCCGUGUCUGUAUUUCUCCUCCAACGCGUUGCAUUCGUUUCGAUCAUUGUUUCAGUGUUUCACAAUAGUGGUUUUAGAAAGUGAAUCAGUGAGUGAGGAGAAUCGAACAUGGAAAUUUUGUGGUUUCUGUUUUUCUGGUGUUUGACCACGGUUACCGGUUUUGAUCUUGGACCGGUCAUCAGAAUCGCUCAGUGCAGAUCACAGUGUUUGAGGAAACAUACCACGGAGGGAGUCUGUGAUUGGUACUCUGGACAACAACAGACCACUUGCAGCAUGUGCUGGCAAUACUGCGAGGGCUUGGAGAAUCGCUGGGAGAAAACGAGGACCAUUUGCGAGGGCGACCAGUAUCUACAUUGUCCCGCAUGUCAGACAGCGUGCACCUACCGCCAGACAAGAGUGGAAGAAAAAUACCUUCCCUCCAUGCUGCCCGCCCCCAAGAAGGCGCCCCUCAACCUCGACAAAUUCGACGUGGCGGUGGUAAUGCGUAAAGUGUACAAACAAUGGCGAGUGUCCGGCUACUACCCAGGUGGACGCAGUCCAAACUUACGACCCGACACCUGGAUCAUCGUGGCAAUGCUGGACGGCGUCAAGCACUACAGUUGGCAAGAGUGGGAGCCGAAACUGGAAUCCCUAAAAGAAGGUCCCUUAUACGAAGCGACGAUCUCGUGGAAAGACGUGCAGUCGCAACUCCAGAAACAGAGAUCCCUGGAACAGGUUCGAUUCAACAACCGAGUGAGACAAUUCUUCCUGGAAAAGUACGGCGAAAAGGUGCUCGCCGAAUGGAGGAGCCAGGAGGACUCUCAGAUCUCCGACGAGGUAUUCAGGAGGUUCUUCUUCAGAAGAAAGGACGAUCGCACGGACGAUUCCAUGGAAAGCGACAAUACGCCAUCUACCAGCAACGAUUACAAGCUGGACAAGGACCAGGGGAACAGGGAGUCGUACGUGGUGUCCUGGGAGCCGGAGACGGGAGGUCUGAUGGGCAACCAAGUGGCGGACUCGAAUUCUGCGCAGAUUUCGCUGGUGCCGGGCACUAAAUACUUCGUGAGGAUCGCGUCGAACGACGGGCCAGGUAGUUUCCCCAUCGAAGUGGACACCAGGCCCAAUUUCGUUCAUGCUAAGAGGAUAGAGAGGACCCUCGAGGAGCUGUAUCCUUGGGACAUCUACGCUGCCUGUGGUUGUGCCGUUCUUUCGCUGGUCAUUCUGGGCCUCGUAAAGAUUUGCAUGAAGAACAAGAAUGCGGAGGUCGAGGAAGUUUGAGCAUUUUCUGGUCUAUUGUUUAGUUCUUUAUUGAAAGGAAUUUAGUUUUAAAGUGUAUCAUAUGUGUAACCCUUCGUACUUUAGAACUAACACGUUGACUCUUCAAAUUAACUUUGUAGAUUAUUCAUUUCUUUUUUUUUCAAAUUAAAUUUGUUCUGUGCUUGUUAACGUGUUAGACGACAAACUCAGGGACACGUCUGCCCGAGGGCGGACGCUUUUGUCAAAGAUAAGGGACUGCUAGAUUAUUGCCAUUAUAUGUAUAACAAUUGAGUCGGUUCCUUGAGGAUAAUUUUGUACAAGCGACCGAGUCAAUUCUACUUAACCCUGUAAAUUUGAUGUUCGAUAGAUAAGAUAGUCUGUAAAACGUGUAAAUGUGCUGGUAGUCUGUACAAAUGGACCAUAUUUUUGUACGUGGUAGAAGGUUAAAUCACUGCUUGCUCAACGCGCAACGGACAGACUGUUAAGAGUUCCUAUCAUCAGAGAAAGUAGAACAGCGCUUUUCGAGGUGCUAAGCUGUGUAUUUAUUUGUAAAUAGUACGGAAGCUGUACAUAGUUUUUAAAGUAUAAAUAAAUCUCUUCUCAACUA